AUGACAGACAUUGCGCAUAGUGGAACCUCCUUGAGCAGACUUCCAAGCGAGAUUUUGAUUAACAUUUUAAGUUUUCUGGAUGAGAAGGACCUUUAUGCGGUGCAGGCUACUUGCAGACACUUUUUGGAGAUUGUCAACGAUGAGGAACUGUGGAAGAACCUUUUCGUAGCCAGAAUUCAUACUCGGCUGUUUCCGUCAUUUUCACGAUCCCCGAAAUUUAGUGUCGAAUAUGUCGAGAGGAACAGAGGACUGAGUGAAUGGAAACAUAAUAGGGCUGUCAAAACCAAGUACACGGUAGCUACACAAAAUCAAUAUAACCAGCUUGAAAAGAUGGUAUUUGAAUAUCCUCGCUGUGCCUGCUAUAGUGAUGGCGUGAUUGUAAUUGUACAGCUGCAGUCCAAACGCCGGAAAGACAGAUUGACGUAUAUGCCUUGUACUACUCCCAAUGGAUGUUCCACUAUGCAUUUUAAUAUAAAUGCCGCUGUAUUUGGCCGCUUUGAUGGUCGGGUCUUUGGGAAACUACUGACAAACAAGUCACACCUCUGUCCGGUCACUGAGUUCAAUGCUAUACAUCGCUCUAGCGUCACCUCUAUCACUACUGCUGCUUUGGAAGAUUCCUCUGUUGAUUGGUGUGUAAGUGGUUGUGAAUUGGGUGAGGUGAAAUGGUGGUGCGAAGCGAAAUUGCAAAAAUCUUUACAAAUCACUGAUAAACCGAUUCUGCGAUUGGCCUUGAACAGAGAUCUCACGAUCGUAGUAGAUUCACAUGAAAUUUAUGUUGUUGAAAAAAUGGAGUGCGUGCAUAAAUUGACGGUACCGGCCAGACUCGGAGACUCCUUGUUUCAAAUUCAACACUUUCAAGUCGAUUUCGGGGGGAGAGUGUUGAUCAUUGGUGACAUGUCAGAACUCUUUGUGAUAUCCAUAAACCCUGACCAAGACUUUGGGUUUACAAGGUCUAUGAGUUUUCCUCAGCAGAUUCAAAACAUAUUUCUCGACGAUGUGACUUCCAAAAGAAGUCAGCACAGUGACGUGGCGGGCGGGGAUGGCUGUUAUUUGGGUAUCCUGACGGGUGACAACUCCAUAUUUGUUAUCAAUGUGCGGGCACCAGGCCCCACACUACGAAUUCAAACAAAGCUGGACUUUGAGGAUAGGGUUCAUGCUGCUCAGAUCAAUAAUAUAGUUCUUGUAUGUGCCUUCAGUGGAUGCUUGGGAAUAUUCAACGCGGCUGAUGGGAACGAGCUGAGGAUGGUUAGAAAGACGGAGAAAGUGCCACAAUAUCUAGGAGUCUCGCAUGGGCGUAUGAUUGUCGGAAGCGGCAAUGUUCUACAUUAUCUGCAAUAUACUGAUGACGAGCCGAAACAGAAGAGAUCAGGAUCUUCUCAAAAUAAUCGCAGCAACAAGUGGAACGAGGUUUUGAGCACGCAGCUUGACCUUUACAAUGAAGACGAAAAACAUAGAAAGGAAGAAUCGGAAAAACGUGAACGACUGAGGCGCACAUUUGUGGGCGACUUGGAUGAUGAGGAAGUUCAACUAGAAAUCGCUUUACUGGAGUCGCAAAGUACUCCAAACGAGAUUCUGCAUUUACAUGAUCAAGGUCGUGUGCAAGGUAGUCAACAUCAAGUGACAGGUGACGAUGACGAGCUUGAGAGGGCUAUAGAAGCAUCUCGACUUGAAUUCGAAAGAAGUCUUAUACCGCAGGACCUGGAUGAAGAUGCUGCGCUAUUGAUGGCCAUUCAACAGUCCGAAGAGGAGGAAAGCUUACGACGUCACGUCCGUCGAUCUGAAAGGCGAAUGCGGCCUCUUGGUGAAGUCAUGAGCUCGAGUGAGUACAGUUCUCGCGAACAUACUCCAAGACCACGGUAA